AUGGUGUCCAAUCCAGAUGUCAGACGAGUGGACAGAGGAACCAGUCCUCACCGAGGCGAUGCUGGACGAAUUGAUAGAGGAACCAGUCCUCACCACCUAGAACCCGCCAUCGUCACCCUCACUCCACACCUCAACAACUUCUCAGAUGACGAUGCCAAAGACUACGGGACCCCACGAGAUGCAUCACGGAAUGAAAACCCUGAUGACAGAAACCUACCGAGCUCUGACAAAGUACCAAUGGGAGUUCCACCUCCUACUACAAUCACGACGAACACUGGAGCUGUAGGUCCCUUGGGACUACGAGCAAGAACAGCAACUCAACUCCCAAGCCAUGGAGAAACUGAACCGAUACCAGUUAUACAGGGAGCUGCACCUCCGCCAGUAUCAGUUAGUGGACAGGUUCCCCGCCCCAUGGGAAGAACUACCCUUGGUACAGAUCCUCACUCCGGAGAACUGGAGCGACACACGGACGCGCUCCUCCAGCGAAGCACUAUCUCUGCGGGCAACCCGGAAAUGAGAAUAGCGACAUACCUCGAUGACUGGCUAGUGCCAGUCUCCAGAUCAGAGGGCUCACACUCCAAACCGACCCUGACACGGCCUCUUGGUACGAGCACAACGACGGACGACCACGAGCUCUCCUCAUCCAUCCCGAUGAAUUCUCCCAGUAUGUCAACAGAGAGCUCCUUCCAGCUCUCCUCUUCACCGGAGAACUGGGCGCUGUCCAACCAAGUAGAACCGACCCUUUCCGCGUUGUCGCUUGGAACGUACCACGUCCCGGAGAACGUCCCACGCCUAUACCAAAUCCAAGAAGGUCUCCACACAUGGUCAUGGAACGCCCUCCACCAAGACAACGAGAAAUUCGUACAGCGCAUAGCAAUCCCGCGACGUCCUCCUCUCACCGGGUACGAAAUUUUCCCCUAUCCCAUGGGGGUACCGAUGAGGAGGAACCGCCCGUCUAUCGAAGAAACGAAGGAAGAAGGAGUCGAGGAACCCAGGCAGCCCUCUGCCGCGGAACAACUACUGGCGGGAGUGUUCGACACCGGCCUGGAACGCCUCCUAUUAGUGCUCGAUUUCAUACAGACGAGGGACAGAAUAACCGAAGUAGCCGCAGAACUCGCCGCGCUGAUUCGGAGGCUAGAAGAAAUCGCUCUUGGACUCGAUCCGAGCUCGAUGCAUGGGACGCUCUAG